UUUCUCCUCCUCGCCCGUCCUCCAACUCGCCGGCGGCGAUGAGCGCAACCAGGCCGGACCACCGGCGGCACCAGUCGCCGUUCCUCCGGGACCUCUCCUCCCCGGUAUCCUCGUCCUUCCGCAUGCCCCCGGCGUCAGUGCGCCGCGAGGCGCAAGCCUCCACCCCGCCGCCGCCUCCGCCGCUGCUCUCCCUCGACGACCUCUCCCGCCACUCACCGUCCCCGCCGCCCUACACGCCUCCGCAGGCAGCCGGGUCCCCGUCGCCUCCUCCCACCCGCGGCGGAAUCUUCUCCACCCCGCUCCGCUCCAACGGGUCCCCCGCCCCCGCGGCCUGGUGGUCCGCCUCCAGGGAGGAGAAGGCUAGGGAUGGCUCCCCGGUGGACGGGGUCGUGCAUCAGCAGCAGUCCCCGCCGACUCCGUCCGGGCAGCAACAGCAGCAGCAGCAACAGCUCCAGGUGGCGCUUAUCACACUUCCGCCGCCCAGGGAGGUUGCGCGUCCCGAGAUGCCCAGGGAUUCGGUUCUCUCCACUGGCCGUGUCGACGAGGAGGAAUGGGUCACCGUUUUCGGUUUUUUGCCUGGUGACACCAACUUGGUACUGCGAGAAUUUGAGAAAUGUGGGAUAGUCUUGAGACAUGUUCUUGGUCCGAGGAAUGCGAACUGGAUGCAUAUCUUGUAUCAGAGCCGUCGUGAUGCACAGAAAGCACUCGCCAAACAUGGUCAGCAGUUAAACAGUGUUCUUAUCAUUGGGGUGAAGCAAGUGGAUCCAUGGCAGAGACAGUAUCUGAACGACAGCACCAAUGAGAACUACCAAGGCAGCGCAUCAGUUGGAUUUCCAUCCCAGCCUGUAGCUCCGAGCGGCUUCGCAACCAGGAAUGCACUCGCACCUUUGCCUAGCAAUGCCAUGCAAAAUGGCGGCUGCAACGAGAGCAGCCGCAGUGCUUCUGGAGCCAUUGCUUCCCCAGCAAAAUCGGCGUUGUCCAAAGUUAUGGACCUAAUGUUUGGUCUAUAAAAUCUGUUGUCAAAGCUGAUGCUGGAAGAAAAAGUAUUCUUUGCUUUUGCAAGCGGCUAGUGAUUAUUGGUUGCAGACUUGUGUUAACUGGCUUUCGACUAUCUUAAGAUGGCGAAACUUCUCUGCGUA